AUGGAAAUUUCUCUCCCUCAUGAAUCAGAAAAACAGGUCCCCACAAUCAGCUCGCAGACUUGCCAUAUUGCUGGCAUUAUCGCAGUAAUCUAUGGCCUUGAAGAGAUUAAUGAUACUUGUAAAUCUGUAUCUUGUCUCUGGCUUCUACAUCCGCGUCUCAAAACCAUGGAUACAAUGGGCAGUGUAGCCUCUUCAUGUGUGAUAGAUUGGAAUUCGAGACCAUCAUCAGAACGUCGUGGAUUAAUUGCCGUUUCUUUUGAUCAUAGAAACCACGGAAGUAGAGAGGUUAAACCUGAAGCUAACCAAUCUUGGAAAAAGGGCAAUAAGAACCACGCGAUUAGUAUUCUUAACGGAACUGCCAUUGACGUGAGCUUUUUGAUAGACCACUUGGGCUCCUACAUCUUAAAUCAACAAGGUGCACCAAAAAUUAAUCAUCACUUAGUUUUAGGUGUAUCUUUAGGAGGUCACUCGGCAUGGCAAGCUCUCUUUCGGGAUAAAAGAAUUACUGCCGGCGUAGUCAUUAUCGGUAGUCCAGACUACAUCAGUCUUAUGAGUAAUAGAGCCCAGCUUUCCCAUCGAGAAACUGCCGGUCAAAACUUUCUAGGUAGCUCUGAUUUCCCAUCCGAAUUAAUCAAAACUAUUCUUCAAUGUGACCCUAGGGGGAUCAUAUUUGGAACAGCUGAAGUGAUGGUGAAUCCUGAUCAAGUUCAUCACUCCUCUUUAAGUUACAUACUAGACUCCAAAGUCAAGGGGAAGCGGAUUCUUGUCUGUUCGGGUGGUGAAGACAAGUUGGUUCCCUAUCAUUGCAAUGAACCGAUGUUCAAGUUCUUUAGAAAUGCAGCCAGCGGAUGGUAUAGCGAAAAGAAUUUUCGUUUAGAAGAAAUCAUUUAUCCAGGUGUUGGACACAUAUUUGAUGACAGAAUGCUUAAAGACUCUAUCAGAUUUAUUUCCGAAUGUCUGCUAGAGUUGUAA